AACCGUGUUCCUCAAUGGUCUCUUUUGUCUGCAAGGUUGGCCACUCUAGGACCGUCGCAUCGCAAUCUUCUUCGUUCGUCCAUGGCAUAACAUGUGUAUCACAUGACCAAACACCAAACAUAAAGCUUCCACACGACUGGACCACUAUAGAAGAAGCGCUUCUUCCUUUUUACCGCUUUGUCGAUCGCUGUUGGGAAGAUCACGCGGCCUGUAUCCUCUCUCGAUCUCGUGCCUUGUACACUAUUCAAGACAUAAAUGGGAAAGGCUAGUGUUAACAAUAGUGGUUCAGACACCAAGAGAAAUGUGGUCUCAAGUGUGUUUGAUCCUGCAUUCUCUAAAUUCGUUGGGCUCUCUCAGAAGCUCCAUGCCCGUGUUAAGUCCCAGCUGAAGAAUUUGACGGCUGAUAAGCAUGGGAUUGGUUCUUCUUGGAGGCAAGAUAAUGAAAUUUCAUAUAACUCCAUACAAAUUGACCUGGAGAAACAGUUAGAUAGUUGGAGAGGAAACACUUCGUGGACUGAUCAACCCCCAGUCAUUAAGGUGAGUAUUCCAAAAGGGUCGCUUUGCAAUCUCAAAGCCGAGGUGGACGUUGGUUUACCCCCUGACGCAGUCUAUAACAUUGUGAUUGACCCUGACAAUAGAAGGGUCUUCAAGAAUAUCAAGGAGGUUCUGUCCCGGAAAGUAGUGGUAGAUGAAGGAUUAAGGCAAGUGGUGGAAGUGGAACAAGCAGCAUUGUGGAGAUUUCUCUGGUGGUCUGGAACAAUCUCAGUUCAUGUCCUGGUGGAUCAGAACCGAGCAGACCACUCUAUGAGAUUCAAGCAAGUGAAGAGCGGGUUCAUGAAGAGAUUCGAAGGAAACUGGAAAGUAAAGCCUUUGUUUGUGGACGAGCAUAUGUGCGAUCGUCUGAAACCGAAAACACUGGAGGAGUAUGACCAGUGCACUGGAGGUAAAGGGAGGGUCGGUUCAAAGGUGACGCUUGACCAGCUUAUACAGCCGGCGAUCGUUCCACCACCUCCCAUUUCUUGGUACCUGAGAGGCAUCACAGCCAAGACAACAGAGAUGCUCAUCCAUGACUUGUUGGCUGAGACCGCUAAGAUCCGCAAGCGUUUGGCAGCCGGAGAGACGGAUGAUAGUCAGUCGCUGGAUGAGCAACUCACUGUGAAUCCCGGAGAUAUAAAAGAAAGAUGGGCUGCACACAGAAGAACAUCAAGGAGACGGCGAAACAAUAUUUGCUGAUUCAAUUCUUCCAGGAAACUGUAACCAGUCCGUGAUUUUAUGUGACACAACAUAUAUGCCUGUUGUCCUAAGAUACGAUAUAUCAAUUCUUUACUGAAAAGGUUUUACAGCCA